AUGAGCUUGCCAUUCAGUGCUUAUUUCCUAGAUUGUCUCUGUUCCAUUUUAUUUUUUCUUUCUAUAUCUCUCUUGUUUACUGUUGAAUUAUUUUUUCUUUCUUUCUCUCCAUUGCCCACUUCUUAUUUACUCUUCCUCCUCCCUCGAUCAUUCUUUAUGUCGUACUCCCUCUCUCUCUCUCUCUCUCUCUCUUGUUCAGUCUCUGUUAUUUCCUCUUUCUCCCCUCUUUCCUGUUCAGUCAUUAUUUCCUCCUACGCUUUCUUUUGCUCAGUUUUGACUCAGCUUCCUCUUUUUUCUCUUUUGCUCAUUUUAAUUCCAUCUUUCUCGCCACUCUCUUUUUAUUUGCUCCUCCUCGUCCUCUCUCUUUUCCUCGCUCACUAUUCGCUCGUCCUCUCUUAUUCUUCCUCGCUCUUUAUUUGUUCUUCCCUUCUCUCUCUUGCUUAUUCUUUAUUUUUUCUUCUCUCUCUCUCUCUCUUUAUUUGCUCUUCUCCUCUUUCUCUCUCUCCACUUGCUCUUCUCCUCUCUCUCUCUCUUUACUUGCUCUUCUCUCUCUCUCUCUCUUUACUUGCUCUUCUCCUCUCUCUCUCUCUCUUUACUUGCUCUUCUCCUCUCUCUCUCUCUUUACUUGCUCUUCUCCUCUCUCUCUCUCUUUACUUGCUCUUCUCCUCUCUCUCUCUCUUUACUUGCUCUUCUCCUCUCUCUCUCUCUUUACUUGCUCUUCUCCCUCUCUCUCUCUCUUUGCCUCUUCCCCUCUCUCUCUUCUUGCUCUUCCCCUCUGUCUCUCUCUCUCUCUCUUUCUUGCUCUUCCCCUCUGUCUCUCUCUCUCUUUACUUGCUCUUCCCCUCUCUCUCUCUUUAUUUACUCUUCCUCUCUAUUUAUUUGCACUUUCUCUCUAUAUAUUUCCUCCUCUCUCUCUAUUUACUCUUCCUCUCUCUUUUGCUCACUCUUUAUUUACCGUUCCCUACUCACUCUUGCUCUCUCUCUACAUGUUCUUCCUCUCCUAGUUUAUUUGCUCUUCUCUCUCUCUCUCUAUUGCUCACUCUUUAUUUGUUUUACCUUUCUCUCUCUCUCUUGCCCACAAUUUACUUGCUCUUUCUCUUUCUUUCUUUAUUUGCUCUUCGUCUCUCUCUCUCUCUCUCUCUCUAUUUGUUCUCCGUCUCUGUCUCUUUAUUUACUAUUCGACUCUCUCUUUAUUUACUCUUCGACUCUCUCUCUCUCUCUCUCUUUAUUUACUCUUCGACUCUCUCUCGCUCUCUAUUUGCUCUUCCUCACUCUCUCUCUUCCCUACUCGUCAUUUGCUUGUACUUUCCUUUUCUUUCGCUCCCUAACUAUUUGCACCUCCUGUUCAUAUCUCUUUGCUCACACUCGUAUCUUUCUGCAUAA